AUGGCCAAUGACGAAGGGCUCAGCCCGGAUUCCAUCCGACGACUGUUCGUUGCCUGCGAUCUGAACGGCAACGGCUACAUCGAGCGGAACGAGUUGGCGGCUGUCUGUCACGAGCUGGAUCCGGAAGAGCUUCAAAAAGUCUUUCAGGCUCUUGAUCUGGACGGCGAUGGCCGCAUCAGCCUCCUCGACUUCUCAGCCGGUUUCGACAGCGUGGGAGACACCCUCCUGGCGCUGAGUCGCCGUAGGCGGCGCCAGCAGCUCAUAAAGAGCGCCACCAGCGAGGAGCUGGAGGAAUUCCUGGCCAGGCUCGGCAGCGAUUUUGACCUGAUUUCAUG